AUGGAUAUCGUCACCACCUCCAACUUUCACGCCACACUACUGCCAGGACUCGUGAGUGUCGUGUUCGUUUCGGCUGAGCACAUCCGCCACGGCAGCUGGCCGCUGCUCAAUCUUCUGUUGUACAGCGGCUGCAGCUUUGACGAGAAUGAGGGCGGUUGUCUUCGUACCGAGAGACACGUGUGCCGCUCCAAGCAGACCGAGAUCUUCUCCAUCGUGUCGGAUCGCGAAGGCACCACUCUCUUUAUGGAUCCCAGCGGCGUUGACAUGUUCAAGCACGCGGGCAUGGAGGGCCUGAUCACUGUGGCACCGCAGUCGUGGAGAGCUAUUCAGAUCCACUUGGGACCGAUGGUGGCAGAGUUCCCAGGUGUCGUGAGUUUUCUGUCAAAACUACUGGCCGACGAUCACAUCAGUAUCCUCAACAUGAGUACCUAUGAUACGGACGUCAUAUUUGUCCAAGAGCUCCACCUGGAGGCUGCUAUCUCGUGUCUGCAGUCUAAGUUGUCGCGGGGAUUGCACGGCUUGAAGGAGGCUAAGGACGCGGAAAACGCGCUCUCUGACCGUAAGCCCACAUCAAGUGAUGCAGCUGAAAGCUGUGAGGAGGCUGCUAGCGCUUCUCGUGUGGGAGACGGCCAGUAUCUCAGAGUGUACCCGGACUCGCUUGUUCUUGUGAGACUUCAGAAAGACGCUCUUCGGGUCAGUGCCUACGGACUCACACAGCUUGUGCUGUUGUCUACUGGAACAGUAUCAACCGAGAAUGAAAGUGAACCACUAGAAGACACAGGUAAAAUGUCUUUCUGGUGUUUAUGUGAGACGGCUGAGGAGGUGAGUCUCAUCAUGGACGAGCGCUGCUUGUCAUCCUUCGAGAAAGAAUCGCUGAUAGUGUCACCCGAUCGAUGGCGCGCGAUCAAGCUUAGUGGACGCGCAUACGGCUUCGAUGAGACUGGUGUAGUGGCAGUCAUGUCUGGCUGCACCACGGACGCGCAGGUUCUUAAUGUGAGCUGCUUCGGGUCCAACGUGGCUUUCGUGCUCGACGACAUGCUGGAUGCUGCAAUCGAGACUCUGUGCUCAGCACUGGAAAUCUCUCGGGUGGAGAGAUAAUUUUCGAGCAAAUAAAGAAGAAAAAAAAACAUUUGCACGUUGCUGUAGCACUGUGGAAAACAGGUACUUGUACAGUAAACAGUUAGGAGCAUCACACGAAAAAGGGGUUUCGUCACCUGUGUUUUUGUGUGGGAGCCUCGACAACCCUGUACGAGGAAAUAUUAUCAAGAGAACCCCAUACGUUGUUCAACAAGCACGUGUAAAUUUUGACAACCAACCGUCGGAAUGCUGCCUCGUAACCAACGCGGUCACGACAUCUUCCAAGACCCACUGGUGGGGACUGAGCACACCUCCAGCGAAACCUCUUUCUUACAGCUCUACACCCUCCUGUUUCCGCUUCUCCGCAAGCAACAUAGUCCGUCUCUCCUUCAAUGCGCCAAGUUCACUUCUGAUGUCGUUCCGUCGGGCAUUAAUCUUGCGUAGAGCGUCGCCCUCAGGUUUCUGUCCCAGACUUUU